AUGUUCUUAAAAGUUGGACGUGUAUUGGAUGUCCGCUGGGUGAAAAGUAGUUCGAGGGCAGUUAAAGUGGUAUGGAAAAUGUAUGAAGGUUUAUGUAACCAUUUUUUAAAUGCAUCAUCAGACCCAAAUAGAGAUAGUAAAACAAGAGCCAAGUACAGUGGAUUAAGAAAAAGGCUAGCUAGUCCUGAAUUCCUAUUAGAUCUUGGUCUAAUGUGUGAUUGUCUUAAUGAACUAUCAGUUUUGUCAAACAUACUCCAGAAGCGUUCUUUAACUUUAAUUCAAUUUCAUCAACAUAUAAAUAGAAGUAUAAGAGUUUUGACUUCAUUAAAAGACUUAAAGGGUGAAUAUUUGACCAAAGCGACAAAUGCUACAAAUAACAUGAAUUUUAAAAAUAUUACAUUAGAAAAAAACUCUAAACUAAUAAAUAUCAAUCAAAAUCAAUUUUUAACCAGUCUUGUUGAUAACUUAAAAGCUAGGCUCUUGGAUAAUGAACAAGAUAUAUCAAUACUCCAAGAUAUGCAAAUUAUAGAUGUAAAUGAAAUCAAACGAUUAUGUAAACGUUUUCAAGUCAAUAAGAAUGAUGCUAUCAAUGGUUUCAGACAAAUAAUAGAUGAUCAAACAGUUUCAUUUAAAAAUGUUAUGCCUGAAUUUUAUAACUUGGUACAAACAUUUCCUUGUUCAACAGCAGAGUUCGAACGGGGGUUCAGUCUAAUGAACAAUAUAUGCACUAAGUUACGUUCUACGUUAACUAUUAAACAUUUAGCCAGUCUUAUGUUUAUAAAUGUAAAUGGUCCUCCACUAGAUGAAUGGGAACCAAAAAGUUAUAUCAGUAGUUGGUUGGUAAAUCAUAAGACUGCUGAAGAUACCAGAACAAAAAAAAACGUCAACAAGAAACCAGAAACAAGAGAGGAAAAAAAAAGCAUUUGGAAAAUAUUAUAG